AUCAUUUACUGUAACACCGCUGGUCCCAUGCUGGUAAUGUUUGAGAUUCGCGUGAGUUUCGUUCACAAUUUGAUAUAAAUCAAGAGUAUUAUUGAUAUUCUUCACAAAAACACUCUGUUUGAGCUUUAUGUAUACAUAAUUCAGCAUGAAGAUAAAACGUCAGAAGCAAGCGAAGAAAACCAUCACUUUCUACAAGUAUAACUUUAACUUUAGGGAGCCUUUCCAAAUAUUAGUCGAUGGGACGUUUUGUCAAGCGGCUUUAAAGAAUAAGAUUCAAAUCAAAGAGCAAAUGCCAAAGUAUCUGAUGGGAGAAGUUCAGUUCUGCACCACAAACUGCGCACUGAAGGAAGUUGAAACCCUCAAAGACCUCUAUGGAGCAAAACUCAUCUUACAGAGGUUUCAGAUCAGGAAAUGCAAUCACAUAAAAGAUCCGGUUCCUGCAUCAGAGUGUUUGUUGUCAAUGCUUGGAGAGACAAAUCCACACCAUUACUUCGUUGCAACUCAGGAUAAAGAGUUGACGAAAGCCCUGAAGAAGAUCCCUGGGGUUCCCCUGAUCUACAUUAUCCUCAACACCAUGGUGUUAGACAAGCUGUCCGAACGAACGCUGAAGCACGUUGAAGCUGUCCAGCUGGGCGAGAUCGUCAGCUCACCACAACAGAAGAGCAUCCAGAGUCUGAAAGAGAAGGAAGGCCUCGGCAAAGACGGCGAGGAGAAGACGGGCAAAAAACGCAAGAGGAAAUCCAGCAAUCCCAACCCGCUCAGCUGCCUGAAGAAGAAGAAGAAGAACAAACCAAUGCCUCAGCAGCCCAAAAAGACAGACGGAGAGAAAAAGAAGCGGAGUAGAAAUAGGAAGCGAAGGCCGGCUGGAGGAGAGAAGGCAGCGGUCGACUCCAAUCCCACGACUGCUUAGAGUCGAGCUUCACAAUUUAUUUGUUUGUUUCUCUGCGUUCUUUUAUUGCAAAGGCUGAACUUUUCCCUGACUGUGACAAGAAACCACUUGAUUUGUCUAAUAAACAAGUGUUUCUUUAUUAACCAAGGAGGAUGUGUAAGUUGUAAUAAUUAAAAUGUGUAGUUGACUUUGUGUUUUUAUAAUGAUGAAAGGGUUUUCAAGCAUCAAAACAAUUAGUGUAAUACAGAUUUGAAUUGUUGCUUUUCAAUACAUCAGAAUGGAUCCUGUUUAAUUUAUUUUUCUGAGCAAAAAUUAAAUAUACAUUUUUACCAUGAUUUACAGAAGACACCCACUUAAAUGUCAUUCAGUGUAACAAUCUUGUCAGUCAUAUUUACAACAAAAAAUCUAUUUAUGCCAUAUUAAAGACUGAUUACUUGACUAAAUGCUUGUAAUUUACAUUUUUAAACUUUGCCACUAUCCUAGGUUUUUGCCCAUUUGUCAGCAAGAAUUUUUUACUAAUUUAAAAUGCAAUAAAGUUUAGUAUGCUCACUUAUUCUUUUAUAUAUUUUAACACGUACAGGUCAGAAUAAGUAUUUUUAUAUAAAUAUAAGUGUUACACUGAAUGACAAUGGAACAUUAUUUCACCCACAUUUUGACAUUUUAUUCUCCCCAAACUUAUUUGAAACCUUAAAAACAGACGUUUUACUUGCAUUUAAUGUGCUUUCUAUGUAUAUAAAAUCACUUCUGUAAAAUUAAAUUGAUGCGGACAUCUAAAUGUCUUUGACCCAUGUACAGAAUAAUGCACAUUUCUCAUACAUACAUACAUACAUGUAUAUGUGCUUGUGUAUUCAAAAACAUAUAUAUGUUAAUUAAUUAUAUAGUAGUGGCCAAAAGUAAUGUCUGGCCAAUGAAAAUUGCCAUCUUCACCCUUUCCAAGUAUUAUUAAAAUUUUGGUAAAGAUGUUUGUAAGCAUAUUGUGUUUGUUUUAUUCAUGAUAAUGACAUAAUUUUUGGACGGGCUGGCAUUCAAAGAAAUUAUGAACAAAAACAAGAGAACCAACAAAAUAUAAUAUUAAUAACUGAUCAUGUUGUAGACAAUGUAUUUCUAUAUGUGUGUUUGUGUGUUCAAAUAAUAUUAAUAAAGAAAUAAUAUAAAUUUAA